CACUCUCGCGACCGCGCGCCGUCCGCUCGCGCGCUACGAUGCCCCGGUGCUGGUGAUUGUGCAGUGCUGUGUUUGUAUCUCCGUGUUCUGUGCGCGCAAGCAUCACCAUGAGGUCCUUCGGCGCUGUGGCGCUCCUACUAGCGAUCAUAACAGAAUGUUUCGGCGCUCAGUCAGACCGUUCGAGGCAGCGUUCCGGUCCCAUCAGAAGUGUACCGGUAGCAGCUGACAUCAAGCGAGACGUUGACUUCGACUGCCCCGAAGAAUUUGGCUACUAUCCCCAUCCCAGCGACUGCACACUCUACUAUGUUUGCGUGUUCGGAGGCGCUUUACUUGAAUCAUGCACUGGUGGCCUUAUGUACAGUCACGAGCUCCAGACAUGCGAUUGGCCGAGGAACGUUGGCUGUGACGGUGUCAGCGCACCAGGAGGCGAAGAGCUGGAAAGAAUAAGCGAGAGGGAAAGGGAUCCACCACCGCCUCCUCCAGCGCCGCGCCGUACUCCACCUCCACCGCCACCACGAGCACAACCCAAUCCUGUCGUUACUUCUAGAGGUCAACCGAAAUUUAAUCGCGAAGAAUACGAGAAGCAACAGCAACUUUAUGCUGAAGUAGACGACCUGCCACCUGUAGAAGAAAUCGAAAGCGACAGACAACAAAGAGUAUAUCGCGGGCAACCUUCAACAAUCGGUCAAGUUCAAAAAGAUAGAGAUGGUUAUUCACAAGUCAACUCAGGCAGAUCUCUUAAUUCUAACAUUAUACCUGCUUCUAUUCCACAAAAUAACGGCAAGAUUGGUUCCUUUUCUUUUGGCACUCAAAUUGACGAUAGAAGAGUCGAUGAAAGAAGAACUGUUACAAUAACUCAACCUCCACAAAUAUACAGUUUGGAGCCGACUGAAAACGUGACUCCUGUUUCAUAUUCGGCAAGUCCUCGUCCUAAAAAACUAUAUAAUGGGUCACAGAGUUAUAAUCCUGAUCAAUAUGAUCCUUUCUACGCUGUAUAUGACGAGGACGGAGAAUUAUAUAAAGACACAGACUAUGUGCAGCAAUAUAACACGGCCUCGCUCCGUCCGGCAGUGCAGCAAACUUACCGUGGCACCCCGCCGCCUGCGAGACGGCCGGUGGAGACCUACACCCAGGCACCACCAUCUGUUCACUACGAUGAUGCCCUUAUCCAAGGACAGGUUAACAAUCAAAAUCAAUACCAAUCACCCAUACGCCAUUCUACAAGGGGCGAUGGUAAUGAAUUGGGAUAUGAGCAUAAUCCAAGCAGUGUGAAGACGACCUUUUAUGAAGCAACUCCUAUUAGCACUACUCCUUCUACUACGACUAGCACAAGCACAACCACUACCACACAACGCUCUACUACCGCACUCUUCACUGAAGCAAUGACCCCGUCUCGUUAUACCGCAAGGCCAAGCAGCACCCGUGGCCGCGGCUCCGCGCACUACUCCACUGCAUCCGAUGCUCCACAGCCAGUCCCCAACCGAGGAACUCCACCAACUCGCAGUCGCCCCACGCUGAAACCAUCUACAGCCAUUGUUUCGAAAAGCACAGAAUUUGUGGACAUUUACACUUAUCCACCGAGCAGACCAGCACCUGUUUAUCCACAACCCACUCCAGAUAAAACCGCAGCCAAAUGUAGAAAAGAUGUGUGUCUUCUUCCCGAUUGUUAUUGUGGCGGCAGGGAUAUUCCAGGUGACUUGCCGGUGGAGACUGUACCACAAAUUGUCCUUCUGACAUUCGAUGACUCGGUAAACGACUUGAACAAGGGCUUAUAUGCCGAUCUCUUUGAGAAGGGUCGCGUUAACCCUAAUGGUUGCCCUAUCAGCGCUACAUUUUACGUCUCGCACGAAUGGACAGAUUACAGUCAGGUCCAGAACCUUUACUCUGCCGGGCAUGAGAUGGCCUCACACACAGUUUCACAUAGUUUUGGAGAACAAUUCUCCCAAAAGAAAUGGAACAGAGAGGUGGGAGGUCAAAGAGAAAUUCUUGCUGCGUACGGCGGAGUAAAAUUAGAGGAUGUAAGAGGCAUGAGGGCACCUUUCCUGUCAGUUGGUGGUAACAAAAUGUUUAAGAUGUUGUACGACUCGAAUUUCACAUACGAUUCAUCUUUACCGGUCUAUGAAAAUCGACCUCCUAGUUGGCCAUACACUCUGGAUUACAAACUCUUCCACGACUGUAUGAUUCCUCCUUGUCCUACAAAGUCUUAUCCAGGUGUCUGGGAAGUUCCUAUGGUCAUGUGGCAGGAUUUGAACGGUGGACGUUGUUCUAUGGGCGAUGCUUGUGCCAAUCCUCCUGAGGCUGAAGGCGUCUACAAGAUGAUACUUAAAAACUUUGACAGGCAUUAUACUACUAACAGGGCUCCGUUUGGCUUGUACUACCACGCAGCGUGGUUCACGCAGCCACACCAUAAGGAAGGAUUUAUCAUGUUCCUAGAUUUCAUCAACCAGAUGUCAGAUGUGUGGAUUAUUACAAAUUGGCAGGCUCUACAAUGGGUGCGCGAUCCUACGCCUAUCUCCAGACUUAACAAUUUCCAGCCGUUCCAGUGCAAUUAUCAGGAUCGGCCGAAAAAGUGUAAUAACCCUAAAGUUUGUAACCUCUGGCACAAAUCCGGAGUGAGAUACAUGAGAACCUGUCAACCUUGUCCCGAAGUAUACCCUUGGACCGGCAAAACUGGGAUCAAAUCUUCACGCAUCGAUAACGAUAUCGGAGAAUAAACUCUUAGCAUAUAACAAUGUAAUAGAAGAAUGACAAAUUAGAAAUUGUAAAUAUUUCAAGGAACGAUUCUCAUGAAUCCAUAAUAGCCCAGGAGCCAUGGAUUGUUCAUCGUAUAGUUCCCAUUACUAAAAUUGUUUUGUCACCAACUAAUGAGUGCCAUUUAGAUUUCAAUGGUCACAAAGCAAGCUUUGAUUUUGAAUAUGUUACAAAAGAAUAAAACAAUAUCUUUUCCGCUACUUAAUUAACGAUAUGAAGUCAUCCGUUGCGUGAUUGUAUUGGAAACUGUGAUAUUUAAGUGUUUUCAAUCGUCAAGGUGUUCAAGAGCUAUUAUAACUUUACACCUCUGUAGAUUAUACACUAAGCGAUUUAUUGUGCAAUGUUAUCUUGCAAUACUUUUCCUAUUUUGUGUUCUGUUAGAUAUACCUAAAGUAAUACUCUUUAUAGUUUUAUUACAUAAUGAAAUAGACGUGUACUUUAAUUCAAUUAUACACAUUAUAUUUGUAUUUGUGGUUCUUCAGUUAGUGGAUAUUUUCACAACUGGCACAUUGUCUGUUAUUUCAUUAGUCACAAAUAAUUUUACGAAACAUUUCAAUUGCAAUAUUUUAACAAAAAGCCAUACUGAAUUUUAGUUAAAAUGUUUUUUUAAUCUUGCCAGCUGCGUGGUUUACACUGCCUCUUCAUAAUUUUGUAAAUAUAAUUUAGGUAUUAAUUAGUAUUAAUUGCAUUCAUAACAGAAAGUUUGUAAUGAUCUGUAAAAAAUUGCCCCAAGGAGUUAGUCAUGUGCUUUUUUAAAUAAAUCUCAAUAACACAAAUAUAAAUAAAAAAAUAUUUGACUAUGUUACCUAGACGUCUGUUGACAUCGUCAGUGCUCUGAUGUAGCACAUGUCUACGUGACACUUUUUUGGUAUAUACCUAAGCGAUCUUAUACGAUCUACUAUGCAAUAACAUUAUUUUUAUUAAACUUUUAUUGUGAUUUUUACAGUGCAUGAUUUAAACUGUGAAUUAUAAGAUAACUUAAGCCUUUAGUUUAAAGCUUUGGUAUGCUACAGCUGCUAAAGUUAUUGGAUGCGCUUGCGAAUCUAUUUAAAAAUUAGUUAUUCAUUAUUUAUAAGUCUUAUUAUUGUAAAUAUUAGCUUAUUAUUUAAAACUGGUAGUUUCACUUUUACAUCGAUUAUAACUAUUUGGCACAUAUUCAAAUGUUUUGGUUAUUGUGUUUCAACUUGAAUCUGAUUACUGAAUCUAAUAGAUUGACAUCACCUUAGACGCAUAGACACGACUUAUGUUAAGACCAUGACGAUGUUUUUUAAAACUUAUUUAUGUACAAGGGUUAACAGAAUUGUGACCAGUGCUGAACAAUAAAAUAAUUU